AAAGCGCCUUCUGCUCAAUGAAAGGCUCGGGGAGGCAGAGCCCAGCCGGGGAAAAGGGAACAGCGACAGCGGGGUUUUUAUUCCGCUCAAAGUUCUUUUUUUUUUGGGUUUUUUUUUGGUUUUUUUUUCACCCUCCCUCGCCACAUUCCGGCCCAAGAGGCGACUCGGCAAAAUGAAGUAUAUUGUAGGCAUCGGAGGGGUCACCAAUGGUGGCAAAACCACCUUGACCAACAGGCUCGUCAAGGCGCUGCCCAACUGCUGCGUGGUCCAUCAGGAUGAUUUCUUCAAGCCACAAGAUCAAAUAGAAGUCGGGGAAGACGGCUUUAAGCAAUGGGAUGUGUUGGACUCCUUGGAUAUGGAGGCAAUGGUGAGCACAGUGCGGGCCUGGAUUGAGAACCCCGUGAAGUUUGCCCGCUCGCACGGGGUGAACGUCACACCCGGCUCUAGAGAGCCAACCUCCCAAGAUAUCCAUAUAUUGGUCAUUGAAGGCUUCCUGCUUUAUAAUUACAAACCUCUGAUCGAGCUGUUUGACCUUCGCUACUACCUGGCAGUGCCCUACGAGGAGUGCAAGAGGAGGAGGAGUACCCGGAAUUACACCGUGCCCGACCCCCCGGGCCUCUUCGACGGCCACGUCUGGCCCAUGUACCUCAAGCACAGGAAGGAGAUGGAGGACUCCGGGGUGGAUGUGGUUUAUUUAGACGGCCUGAAGUCCAGGGAUGACCUCUACAACCAAGUCUUUGAAGACAUUCACAACAAGCUCCUAAACGGCUCCUAGGCUCUGGGAGGAUCCCGCAGACCCGUGUACAGCGCGAUGUAAAUAAUACUUGGGAGUGGGAAUGGGAAUGGUGGGAACUCCUCUCCCGCUGCCCUUUGGC